AGAAACUUGGACACUACAACAGCCGGUUUCUUCUCUUGGUGCGGUGGUGCUUCUAGUUCUUCAGAGUUUUGGAGACGAUGGAGGGUGAUCGCGAGGAACAACGGCAAGCUCAUGUCUUGGGGAAUAAAGGUGGUCUGCGACUAUUUCCAGUCAUUAUUGCCAACGAAAUAUCUGAACGGAUCGUGAGCGCAUCAGUUACCGCAAAUCUUAUCAUCUACCUCACAACAAAGUAUCACCUCGGUGUUGCAAGCAGUGCAAUCAUCAUUUUUGCGUAUCAAGCGGCCUCAAAUUUCUUGCCGUUCUGUGGGGCCAUUGUUUCUGAUGCACUGUUGGGCCGCUACCUAAUGAUCACACUCACACUAUUCUUCUGCACAAUUGGAACUACCCUUCUGUGCUUGACAUCAGUGAUCCCAAGCUUGACACCCCGGGACUGCGUUCCACGCCAAGUCUGCACUUCACCAACUGCCCUACAGUUACUUGUGCUAUGUGCCUCCCUUGGUUUCAUGUCACUCGGAGCGAGUGGCGUCCGCCCUUGCUGCCUGCCCUUCGCCGAAGAUCAGAUUGCGCACUGGGAUGCCGCAAAGAAGGACCGAGCGCUUCGGGGAUUGUUCAGCUGGUACUAUGUCUCCGUGGGCUUCUCGCAGAUCGUAUCCGUGACUGUCCUUGUGUACUUCCAAGACAAGAUGGGUUGGAAUGUCGGGUUCACGGUUUCGGCAGCCAUGAUGGCGUUGUCCACACUCCUGAACUUGGCGGCAUCGCCCUUCUACGUGAAGGUGAAACCUCAGAAGAGCAUUUGGGUUAGCUUAUUGCAAGUGGUCGUUGUGGCUGUCAAGAACCGUCACCUUGUGGUGCCAGUGGCAAAUCAUGGUGUUCAGUUUCACAGCUUGGCAGGUUCAUCACAGUUGGUCCCAUCAGAAAAAAUGAGGUUCCUGAACAGAGCUUGCAUGGUGAGGACCCAAGCAGGUAGUAGUACAAGCAAUGAAGAAGCUCACAACACAAACUCGUGGAACACCUGCACAGUGGAGCAAGUAGAGGACCUCAAGUCUUUUCUAAGCGUCAUGCCUAUGUGGUCAGCCAUGGUGAUGUCCUUCCUGGUGCAAAGCUCAUCCUUCGGUGUGCUGCAGGCGACCACCAUGGACCGUCGCAUCGGCACAACGAGAUUCCAGAUACCGGCAGGCUCCAUCUCAAUCUUCGAAAUCAUCAUAUUCACCGUGUGGUCAGGGUGCUACGACCCGUACAUCCUCCCGUUGCUCAGAAUGAUCACGGGGCGGCAGCGCUUGCUCACCCUCAAGCAGCGCAUGGGCAUCGGCGUGUUCCUGGCUGUCGCGUCCAUGGCAGUGGCGUCGGCGGUGGAGGCUCGCAGGAGGGUGGCCGCGGCGAGGCAAGGAGCCCCGCGGAUGUCCGCACUGUGGCUAGCGCCCCAGUACCUGCUCGGGGGGCUCUCGGGCGCGUUCGGCGCCAUCGCGCAGAUCGAAUUCUACUACGCGAUGCUCCCCAAGUCCAUGGGUAGCCUUGUGCUGGCGCUGCUCUUCUUUGGGGCCGGCGUCGCGAGCGUCAUAUCGACGGUGAUCGUCAAGCUUGUGAACGUGGUCUCCAGCAGCGGUGGGGCGGCACCGUGGAUCUCGGACGACCUCAACCGGGGCCGCUACGACAGUUACUACCUAUUGCUCGCGGUUCUUGGCGCCGUCGACCUGGUCUACUUAGUCGUUUGCGCUUACGUUUUCGAUGAGACGACGAAGAACAUGUCGUUGGAAACUGGUGGUGAUGUGGAAGCGGAAGAGAUGGUAGAGGUUCGAGGCUAGCCCAUAUAAGUGUUUGUUUGUUUCAUGUUGGUAUGUUGGCUACAAUUAAACGCGGUCCAGCAGUAUGUUGUUUGCCGUCAAAUUGUGACUUUGAACUUCUAGUGAAAUUAC